ACAGUCUUGCCACUUAAUCCCAGUCCAGCAAUAUCCACCACUCCAUUGGGUCCCACAGCUACUCCUGCUCCACCCAGUGUUGGUGUAGGGGCCUCGGUGUCAGCCAUCUUGGCUCUUCGCCGAGCUGUCAGACGCCACCGAGACCGAAGGGAACGUCAAAAACGUGUCUUCCGCAUGUCCGUCAUAAUUGUCCUCUCGUUCCUCCUGUGCUGGGCUCCUCUGUCCAUUACACCUCUCCUACAUCUGGCCAUCGGACCCUCUGAUUGGCUGGAGCGCCUCAGGGUCUGUUUCCUAGUGCUUGCUUACUGGACAGUGGUGCUUCAUCCGCUGCUGUACGCGUUCACACGGCAGAAACUGCGCAAAGUCCUGCACACACGUCUACGCAAGCUGCAUAACAGAAACAACAACACGCAGCACACCGUGGCCCAGAUAAAGCAGAGAAAUCGCCGCAAGCACAGGGCAACCUGCAGCGAUGCUACUGACCGCUGCCUAAUGGACGCAGUCCGUGAGUGA